ACCCCCAACAACACAGAGAUCCUAAGAAUGAAGCGCCGAAAGCUGCUGCUCUGCUGGACCGUGCUGCACUCAGGUAUCAGUAUAAUCGCCUUUCUCACACUACUCCUAAACAAAACAACCCAAGCGGCGAUCGUACCACCACCUUGGAGUGAUCCCGAGAAGAACCCCUGCGCUAGCAUGCCUGGCGGUUGGCAGUUACUCUAUUGGCCACCACUCAAGCAAUGUUUCAAAAUCUUCACGAUCGGUUAUCCAUGUCCGGAAACUAUGGAAUUGAGUCCAGCUCCCAAUGGAGGCAAAACGAAGGCGGCGCGAAAUAAUGCGCCAUCUGCCGAAUGUCGCUGUCCGCCAGGUACCGCGUUAAGUGCGGAGACGAAUAAAUGUCAUGAUAUUUUUCAACGCGGACCAUGUGAACAUGGUGCCUUUUUUGCGCCCAUGCCAGAAGAACGGACGGCAGUCAGUGGGGGUAGAAGGUCUAGCAAUCGUUGGGGCAGCUGCAAAAUUGCAAGACAGUGUCCGGUAGGCAUGAUUUACUGGCCAAAAGAAGGUAAAUGCUAUGCGCAAUAUACCAAAGGGCCUUGUGUUAGGGGCAAGCUGUUGGUGUUAAAUAAAGAUGGGCUGGGCGAGUGCAAGUGCGAAGCAGAAGGUACACUGCGUGACUACUAUUAUGACCAAGAGGAGACGUGCCACGAACACUAUACCAGAGGUCCCUGCACCGCACCGGGUGAUCUCUUUCUGCCAGGUGGCCGCUGCGACUGUCAUCGGCAUUUGCCACACUACAGCGAUGUGCAUCAAAUGUGCUAUGAAUUAAACACGCCGGGACCUUGCCCGUCUGGCCAUAUCUUCAAUCUGCCUGAUAAUUUCACCGUCGCCAAUACAGCGGCGGAUAUACCCCGCGCGCAAUGCCAAUGCAAGGAUGGUUACGUGCCUUGGAAGGAUGGCCUGUGCUAUCGCCUUUAUACCAGAGGUCCGUGUGGACCUAACGAGUUUCUAAUUAAUGCUACCAGUUGUGUACGAAAUUUCUGCGGUAAAACUCGACUUUAUUUUCCCGAUCAGAAUACUUGUUAUCGCAUUGGCUCACAAGGUCCUUGCUCCCUGCAUCAGGUGGUGGUAUUCGAUUUCACCGCUCGUCCCUCCGUCGAUGGCAUCUCAUACAACGGCAUAUGCGGUUGCUCUGGUGUCAUUUGGAAUCUCGAUCAGCAGUGUUCGAAUGUUGAUAAUGGUGGCACAGAAGAGGAGGACAAUACAUGCGAAUCCACACCGGGCAUGGUGGAGAUUAAUGGGAAUUGUUACAAGUUAUAUACGCGGGGGCCAUGCGGGCCGGGCCAAUGGUUGGCGCCGCUAAAAACCCAAACAAUUGGUCCACAAAUACAACGAUUUUUAGGUACUAAAGCGAAAUGUGUAUGCCGGCCGGGCUACACACUCGCUGUAGAGCCGGAAGCGAAGGAUGAUGAUGAAGAUGAGCGAAAUUUACCACGAGCGCGCAUAACGCGCUGUAAUGCACCCACGGUGGGACUAGCGAGGUAUUUGAAUAAGCAACGCGAAAAUUCUAAAUUUAAUGCAAAUCUUAAUUUUCCCAAUUUUCAAUUUUAAAACUAACAACAAAAUGGGGAAUGCGAGUUUUUAUGUAAUUUAAGUAGAACCCGAAUGCUGUGGGCUAACUUAAAUCUGUUUUACGUUCUCUUCGCGCUAUUCAUACAUUCUGGAUUCGCCUUUCUAAGUAAUUUAUAUUCAUAAACUUGUAAUCACAGUGCCCCCGAUUCCUCAAAAGGUUCAAUUAAAACGGACCACGAAACUGUUCUCAUAGUAUUUUGUAUAACUGUUCAUAUUCUCCAAAACUACUUUCCGUGAAAUCGGUGCUGAUCUUUUACUUGAAGUAUUCCACAACUACAUUUAACACAGUUAUGACUGACGAUGGUUAAAGUCUGUUCAAAAUAUAUCCAUUCGAGUGGUC